AUGGAUAAAGGCUUGGUCAAGAAAAGAGGCAGGCCUCCAAUCACCAAAGAUUAUCCUAAUCCUUUACAAAGCCCCAUGGCGCAUUCUUCAAUGCAGGUGCAGAAGCAGGGCUCUCGCGGGUUUGCUAAACCGUUAAUGAAAGUGGGGCAAUGCAGUCCAUCUCCAAAUAAGAGAAGGCCCAGUAUCGACCAUCACCAUAAUUUGGCGGUCACUACAAGAAAGGGUAGGUACAGGGGCGUCCUUUUAUCGACUCCUACCAAGAAGUCAGGAACUGGCGGGUCUACUCCAAUUUCUACCCCCUCUUCCAACGAUAGCUACAAUAAUACAGUAUUCUCCGAAUCGAGGAAAACUUUUCUACAAAGCUCGCCGCCCAUCAUGACAUCUUCUCCAGGUUUCCAAAAGAAGAGUGAUUUUUACGCCUUUCCUUCGCCGGAUCAGUUUAAACUUUCCCUAACCAUUACUGAAAGUGGGAAGGCUGUGAUUGCUGGAUCCUCACCCUUCUCCCCAUUGUCGAAAACAUCUCAUUCUUUGACGAACACUAACGACAAGAAAUUCCUACGAAAUGAAAAAAUUCGCAAGAGUAGCAACAAAACUACGCCUAAAUUCGAGAAAAAGCGCAUUCUUUCUCUUUUAAAGCAGAUGAAGAAUGAUAAAGAUUGCCGUACGUUCUCGGAGGUAUGUCCAGUGAAACCAGGCAGAUCUGAUAUCGUUGAUCCCGAACUGCCCACCAUUAUAGAAACUUCUGCCUCUCCUGGGAACGGUAUUAGAAAUAACAUUGCAUUACUUAGUCGCCCGCCACAAUCACCCCCUCCGAGUGCCCAACUUAUGCCACCGUCCACUCCAAAGAGCUCUUUGCAAUUCAGGACUGGGUUUACUCCUAACGUUGCACUGAAUCAUGUAUCGUUAAAUGACACUUUACCGAAACCUGCAACAAAUGCUGCGUGUUUCAAGAACAACAGCAGUAAUCACAACAACUCUGUUAGUAACAAUAUUGCGGAUGCGAAUGCCUUACUCACCUUGACUAGUAGCCCUGGAGUUUUCUUAUCACCGAGGAACAAAAUGUUGCCCAAGCCAACUAGUACGUCUAGCGAACAACAACAAGAAUUCGUGUUCAAGUUUUCAAGUGGUGAUCCGUUAUUGCUUACUGAUGACGCAGACGGGAACUGGCCAGAACUGCUGUUCAAUAUAUCCAAUACUCCAAGACGCCAAAAAUGUUUCAAUACACCUCCUUCAUGGAUAAAUUUUGGGUCGCCGGGAUUAUUCAGCCCACCGAGAAGCUCCAAUAUUAUGGUAAACGGGACUACCGCAGCAACCACAUCGGAUAACGGCAAUGUUCAUAGACAAUUACAAGCCCAAUUAGAGGCUCAAGUGCAAGUACAAUCUCGAACCAAUUCUCCUGCUCAACGACAACAACAACAACAGCACCAAUUCCAAAUGCCUCCACCGCACAUAAACAUGAGUUCUUCUCCACCACAAAUCCACAUUGCUUCCCCGCCUCGGCAACCAAUGGCUCGCAAAUCAUCUAUAUACUUCAGUAAAGAAAAACCCACCGCGGGAACUACUAAUAUACUAGGCAGCACUAAAAGUGGAAAUUUGCAACCCCCAGCGAAUCUGAUCAAUAUCACUCAUGGACCUUCGACCCCCAGAAAUCAAGAAUUCCAAUUACCCACCUUGAUCGAAUGCACUCCAUUAAUCCAACAAACCAUGAAUGGCUCGUUGGGAACCAAGUACAUACCACAAACCUCCAUUCCAAACAGCGCUGGUCCCAAUUUGAGCGGGUUUACCACCAGUAAUGCCGGAACUGCCUCUGAUUUCAAUGAUCUACUGAAGCAAAACCCGUAUAACAACAAACAAGACGACGCAAGAACUGCUUUGAAAAAAUUAAUUGACGAUCAAUAA